AUGCUUGCCCUCCCACCUCCACCUCCACCUCCACCUCCACUCUCACCCCCAACCACAAGGCAAAUCAAGCCAACCUCUUCUGACCAAAUUGUCACAUCAAAACAACCCAUAAACCAAUGUUCUCUGGAAUCAGAUGCACCAAAAUCUCUUACAACAAAUUCAAGGAGGAACCCAACAUUAAGACAACCUCAAUUUCAAAGGACCAACAUAGUCAUAUGGUUUGGUGCAGUGUUGUGCCUCAUAUUCAGCCUUGCACUAAUCUUCUUUGGGGUAGCAACUUUAACCAUCUACCUAGCCAUCAAACCAAGAAACCCCACAUUUGACAUCCCCAAUGCAAACCUCAAUGCAGUGUAUUUUGACUCACCAGAAUACUUCAAUGGUGACUUCACUCUCCUUGCAAAUUUGACUAACCCCAACAGGAAAAUUGAUGUGAAGUUUGAGUCUUUGGAUGUUGAGCUUUUCUUCUCAGACAGUAUCAUAUCAACACAAUCAAUCCAGUCAUUUACUCAAAGAAGAAGGGAAAGUAGGUUGCAACCAUUGCACUUCAUAUCCAGCUUGGUGUUUUUGCCUAGAGAUCUUGGUGUGAAACUUAAAAUGCAAGUGGAGAGUAACAGGGUCAACUACACUAUAAGAGGAACAUUUAAAGUGAGAGUAACUAUAGGGCUUCUACAUUUAUCUUUCUUGCUGCAUAGCAGAUGCCAGAUAGAGAUGACUGCUCCACCAGAAGGUAUCUUAAUAGCAAGGAAUUGCAUUACAAAGAGAUGA